UGGGUUUAACCCUUGGAAGUCACCCCUUUUUGUUUGCAUAUCAGACUAAGAUAAUCAUACCAGCCGAAAAGGAACAAGAAGAAGAAGAAAAAAGAAACAAACAGAAAGAAAAGGCAUUCAGUGUUCUUUCUUUUUUAUUCACUAGCUAAAUUUAUGGGUUUCCUGUGUGAUUCCCGACUGUGGAAAACUGGAAAUUUCCUCAAAUCAAAGAUGGCGGACAGUGAAGAACACAGUCGUUUGAUAGCGGAGUUUUCCGAUGUGACGGGGGCAGAUACGGAGAGGGCGAGAUUCUUCCUAGAGUCCUCUGGCUGGCAGCUGCAUAUUGCCCUUAGUAGUUUCUUUGAGGAUGGGGACUUGCCCUCACCCCCUCACAAUCCACCUCAGGCUGAGUCAAUGCCGGCUCAACCUGAAGCAAGCCACCCAACAAGGGUGAGUCCAAGGUUCGCCUCAAUAGCUACAUUCCAGGGUCACCAUGAUACAGAUAGCGAUGAAGAUCAAGGCCAGGCAUUCUAUGCUGGAGGCUCAGAACACAGUGGGCAGCAAAUCCUUGGGCCACCAAGAAAGAAACAGAAUGCCGACGACAUCACACAAAAUAUCUUUGAGGAGGCCAAAAGACAUGGUGCAGAGGAAGUCUCUGAUGAACCUGGUCCAAGUCAACCGUGCCCACAAGUGUUCAGAGGGGCAGGGUACCGCCUUGGUGACACAGAAGGCGGAGUAGCCAGGCCACAACCCGGAACAGUUCCGAUGACGCAGGACCAACCGUCACAGGACACGGAGGUAGCUCUUCGCUUCUGGUCCAAUGGCUUCUCAGUGGAUGAUGGUGAACUUCGCUCUUUCGAUGACCCAGAAAAUGAGGAUUUCCUGGCAUCUGUCAAAAAAGGCGAAAUUCCCCGUGAGCUGUUGCGGCUUUCUCGUGGAGGGGAGGUGCAUGUUAAUCUGGAGGACCAUAGACACGAGGAGUAUGUUCCUCAGAAGAAAAAGAUGACUGCUUUUGCCGGAGAAGGCCGCAAGCUCGGAAGCCCUGUUCCAGAAGUCAAAUUCAACGAAGAGAAAAAGCGGGCAACAGCAGCAGCCAAUCAGGCGCCGAAACCCUUCAAUAUAGACCAAUCACAGCCCACCACCAGUAUUCAAAUUCGCCUGGCCGACGGAACAAGAAUGGUGUCCAAGUUCAACCAUACCCACACAGUAGCGGAUAUCCGAGGUUUUAUCACUGCUCCGUUCAUCUCAGCGAUUAUGCAAACAUCUGCACGUUCAUGGGUGCUAGAGGAUAUUUGGGUGUGCUAAAAAGAUAUUUUGGACAUACUCUACACAAGACAAUUUUAUGGUAUUAUUUAGUGUGACGCGCUACCGUGGCCAGCGAUACAAAGUCUUAGAGUGAACAAGUGCUACCGUGGCCACCAAUACAAAGUCUUAUAGUGAACAAGUGCUACCGUGGCCACCAAUACAAAGUCUUAUAGUGAGCAAGUGCUACCGUGCCCACCGAUACAAAGUCUUAAAGUGAACAAGUGCUACCGUGGCCACCAGUACAAAGUCUUAUAGUGAGCAAGUGCUACCGUGGCCACCAAUACAAAGUCUUAUAGUGAACAAGUGCUACCGUGGCCACCAAUAUAAAGUCUUAUAGUGAGCAAGUGCUACCGUGGCCAGCAAUACAAAGUCUUAUAGUGAGCAAGUGCUACCGUGGCCAGCAAUACGAAGUCUUAUAGUGAGCAAGUGCUACCGUGGCCAGCAAUACAAAGUCUUAAAGUGUUCCAGUGGUCACAAAUACAAAUUAAGCCAAUUACCAUGGGAAAACCCGUUUUGAUUGACACAAGUUUCAUAACUAGAAGCAGCCUGAUAGGCUAUAUAUGAUGUGCAUUAUUAUUUUUUUUUUGCCAGGCUAGUUGGCUGGUGAAGUUUAUGUCAAUCGGACGGCAUCUUUUUCACAUCCUUAUUGGUCUAAUUCACCAAACUGUCAAGGCCAUACUAGCACACAUCUGAUUGUAAAAACGAUAGCAAUAAGAAGAGCAAUGAGCCUCAUUAUCCCAAUAACAACUUUUCCACAGCUUCUGUAUAAUUUUAUUAAAGUAUAUAAUUUUGGGAACUUCA